AUGAGUUUCUUAUUAAGAUUUAUUCUACUUUACUACGCUUUCAGAUCUCAUCAUGUGAUCGUAUGUCCUACUGUAACAUGUGACUUCGAAAUCGAUGAAUGUGCGUGGACGUUAGAUUCAACAUGGAGAAUUUAUCCAUCUGGUAGCACACCAGACACAGCCAGUUCUGGUCCUACGAUGGAUCAUACUACUGGAAGUGGUAGCUACGCUCGUUUUAUGGGAGCACGUUUACCUGAUUCGAGUGCAUUUGGCUUAAUGAGCACUGAUACUGAGAUUAGACGUGUGGCUUCAUUUUCAUUCUGGUAUUUUAUGCAUGGCAGUCAAAUUGGUACGCUGACAUUGUUUGUAAAUGAUGAAUCUGUUUGGAGCAAAAGUGGACGACAAGGAGUGCCUGCUUGGUAUCAAGCAACUGUUUCUUUAACUCCAGCUGAGCAUGUCAAACUGGGAUUUGUUGCUAAUCGAACAGGUCUUGGUCGAUCUUCUGAUAUUGCCAUUGAUGAUAUUAUUCUACAAGGCGAGCCGUCUACAUCGAGCACCAGACACACAAAACCGACUUCAACAACUACACCACGUACUCGAUUCAAUGCUAGCUGUGAUUUUGAUGUUGACAAAGAGUUGUGCGGAUGGAAAAGUGACACGAAAUACGGUUGGCAAGUCAUUCAUGAAAGAGCAAGUAACAUUACCAUUGGACCGUCUAGUGACUAUAGUAGUAUCACAAGAUCAAGUGAUGAUGGAAAGUUCUGCAAAAUUCCAUUCGAAGAAAAGUCUGUUCAGUACUACUACUGCACGCUAAACAAAAAGAAUCUUCAAUGUAAAGGAAACGACAACAAAUGGUUCACUUGUCGAUACGGUGGUUUCGUGCAAAUACAAACCAGUCAAUUCGGCGAAAUGGAUGAACGAUCUCAGUUCGAAUCUCCAGUACUCGAUGCACUGUCAGAUGAAGGCUGUCUUCAGUUUCAGUACAACGUUGCGGGUAGUGAUAAUGACUGGCUCAAUGUAUAUGUGGAAGACUAUUGGAAUGGUGAGCAGACGUGUGUAUGGCAUAUGAAUGGAUUGAGUGUGCCAAAUCGAUGGGUGGCAGCAGAAUCACCAAUUUCAGUGGAAAAGGGCGGAAGAUACAAAAUCGUAUUUGAAGCACGAAAAGGAAAAGUGAAUGGAAACGGUCUAGUGUCAUUAGAUCAUAUAGUACUAUCAGGAGCUAAGUGUUCAGGUGAAUAUCCGGUGAUAGAGUGUCCUCCCGAACCAACAACCCCAUCAACGACGUCUACCACUACGACCACUGUGAGCAGCACCACGACGUCUACUACUACCACCGCUAUGAGCAGCACCACGACGUCUACUACUACCACCGCUAUGAGCAGCACCACGACGUCUACUACUACUACUACUACAGCAAGUACAACUAGUUCAUUACCCGUUAUCAGUAGUAGCAUUAAAAUCAGUACAAGUGAGCCACAAUCAACAACUGAUAGAAGUACAAUUGCAGAAGUCACUACCGAAUCUGUUGGGUCAAGUACAACCACCUUUCCUAUAUCGACAACCGAACUUACAACAACUAAAGAGCCUGUACCAGAAGUUUCUACAACAACUACUACUAGUACAACUACUACUUCCACUUUUUCUCCUACGACAACAACAACACCCUCAUCUACAUCGACGAUCACGACGACAACCACCUUUGUAGAGAUAUCCUCGACCGAUAUGGAGGAGAGAAAAACAACAACAACUAAUAAACCACCUUCAAACGGUUCACGCGUCAUUGGUGGUAUUGUAGGUUCCCUCAUUGGUGUGUGUGUCAUAGUUUUGCUUGUUGCUCUGUACUUCAACCGUGAAAAAAUACGUGUUCGUCUCAUAUCGAGAUCAAAUGAUAAGGAUGGCAUUGUUCCUAUAUAUACAAAAGCUGAUCCAAGCGAAAGCUUCGUUCGAUUACAAAAUAUCCGCGAACGAAGUACCUCUUUCGUUAACUGA